CACCCCCUUUUCUCCUCGCCUUCUCACUACUUUCUCUCUUCCAGCUGCUCACCACAGCUCACCCCACCCGCCGUCUCAUCAGGACCCGACCCGGUUCCUCUGACCCGCUUCCCAUUCCAAUCAGUCCUAAUCAUAUACGUGCUGCUGCUUUCACAUCUGAAGAUGCCAAAAGAGAGAAGAGAUCGUUCUGUAUCUUUUGACAGGUCUAGGGCAUCUCCUUUUCCUUGUGGAUCUAGUCGAUCACUUCUAUCACUGACUAAAAACCCUUCAGAUAAUGAAGAAAAUGUUAAAGAAUGGGAGGUAACUCAAUGCCCCGUAUGUAUGGAACAUCCUCAUAAUGCAAUACUUCUCAUAUGUUCAUCUCAUGAUAAAGGCUGUCGGCCAUUCAUGUGUGACACAAGCUACAGACAUUCCAAUUGUUUUGACCAGUUCCGCAAGUCAUCUGCAGAAAGGUCAGAAACUGUUCAGCUGGAAGGUGCACCAGUAUCAGUUGAACAGCCAUCUUCAAAUGUAGCUGUUCCAGAAGCAGCAGUCACUAGUAGUCAAGCUGAAGCAAGGAGGGAGGGGUCCCCGGGGAUGCAUGACAAUGUUGAGAACCAAAAGGGAAAGCUGGUGUGCCCUCUCUGUCGUGGAGAUGUUAAUGGGUGGAUGGUAGAUGAACCUGCCCGUAUAUUCAUGAAUUCAAAAUCAAGAAGCUGUGCCAGUGAGACAUGCGACUUCAGUGGCACGUAUGCAGAACUGAGGAAGCAUGCGAGGGUUGUGCAUCCAGAGGUGCGGCCAACUGAGGCUGAUCCAGAGAGGCAGCGUGAUUGGAGGAGGUUAGAGCAGCAGAGGGAUUUUGGUGAUCUGAUUAGCACACUGCAAUCUUCUAUUGGAGAGGAGAUGGAAUCUACUGAGGAUGGCACCUUCACUUUCAAUGAAAGUCGUUGGUUAACAGUAUAUUUUCUUAUCAGAGUGUUUAGACCAAGACGUAGCUCAAGGAGUAGUAGCUGGUCAGGUAGCUCGAGAGCAAGAGCACCGGUGAGGAGACCUACCACCAGACUUUGGGGAGAGAGCUAUGAUAGUGAGUCUAGGGAUCGUGAUAGGGAGUCCAGGGAUCGCGAUACUGAGACCAGGGAUCCUGAUACUGAGACCAGGGAUGGAGGUACAGGUCUAAGAUGGAGCGAACAAAUUCGGAGGCAGCCAACCCAAAGACAACAAACACCUGAUGACGAGUCUUGAAAGCAGACGAGGGCUGUUUGGACUAUAGGUCAAGGGGACAAUUACAAGGCCAGAAUUUAAAUUGAAUGAAGAUUUUUUGAUUUUUAAGUUGAUCUGCUUGAUUCAAAGUUCUGCAGACAGUUUGUCUACACAUGUGUUGUUACAGAUGGAUUGUGUUUCCCUGAUGUGUGGGAGGUUUUUGUUUUGCUUGUUUAGAAAAAAUAAGCACUUGUUUCUAUCGGAAAAGUAAGAAUUAUUUUGAUACUUUUUAGAUUUUAUCAAUGGUAAAAUUUAAAAGGUCUA